CACGACGUAAUGCAUUAAUGGAAGUACAAAUGCCAGUGAUUAAGAACGCCGAAUGCAAAAUAGCUUAUUCCAAAUUUCCUAAUGCACCUGAUAUCACUGAUGGUAUAAUAUGCGCCGAACAUGCUCAGGGUGGAGAGGAUUCUUGUACGGCUGACCGCGGCGGAUCACUGCUGAUACAACAUGAAUUAACCUCGUAUUUAAUAGGUAUUGUGUCUUAUGUUUAUAAGUGCGGCACAGCUGGGUAUCCCAGCGUUUACACUAGGGUCACAUCGUACCUUGACUUCAUUCUCCAAGCGAUGCAAUAAUAUGAUAUUACUGUUCCAUAAAUAUCAUUGUGUAAAAAACGUAAAGUUGGAUUUUCUUAUUGUGGAGAUAAGAAACAGCUCAAAUUUACAUUGUUUUGUACGUUACA